UAUCAGAAGGAGGAUGGGAGGAGCCAACGAGCCGCGCAGAGCAGGCACCCGGGCGGCCAUGUGAGUUGCCGCUUGAGUCCUCAUCUCUGGAAGAGCAGGAAGCGAGUGGCGCUUCCCUCCGUCGCUCUUCCUCUCUCUCUCUCUGUUGCCUUCCUUCCUUCCUUCCUUCCCUCCCUGUUGCGGGAGCCGUUGUCGCCCAGCAGCGGCUUGCAUGUCAAUCGGUAGCAAGCAAGCAAAGGCAACCCUUCAGCAGUGUGGCGCUCGCCCGCGUGACGCUCUGUUCCAGUCCAAGCAAUACAGCGGGAACGUCGACUGUCGGAGGAGGAGAAGGGAAUGAAGCACCCGGAGGAAGAGGCUCCAUCGUACAGAGUCAGGACCGAAUGCAGCUGAGCUCGCCAAGAUCAAGCUGCUGCUGCUGCACUUUCAGGGAUUUAUAUGACCUUGCUAUACUUCUAGCAUGAUGACAGCCAUCUUGGAACGGAUCAGCACCUUGUCCAUCAGUGGACAACAACUCCGCCGGCUCCCGAAGUUCCUAGAAGAAGGCUUCCCCAAGAUGCCUUGCACAGUCAGAGAGUCUGAUGUGCCACAACUUUUCCGGGAGCCAUAUAUCCAAACUGGGUAUCGCCUCACAGGACAGGGCUGGCGCUACUACUUCUUCAGUCUCUUCCAAAGACACAAUGAAGUUGUUAAUGUCUGGACCCAUCUGCUGGCAGCUUUGGCUGUGCUGCUGAGGUUUAAUGUUUUUGCUGAAGCAGAGGGGUUGUCUUUGGAGGUCCACUCUUUGCCUCUCUUCAUCUUUGUCCUCUCCUCCGUAACGUAUCUAACAUGCAGCCUCUUGGCUCACCUCUUACAGUCUAAGUCAGAGAUGUCACACUAUACCUUCUACUUUGUGGACUAUGUUGGGGUCAGCAUAUAUCAAUAUGGAAGUGCCCUAGCCCAUUUCUAUUAUAGCUCUGACCAAGCCUGGUAUGACAAGUUUUGGCUUUUCUUCCUGCCCGCAGCUGCUUUCUGUGGAUGGCUGUCCUGUGCCGGCUGCUGCUAUGCCAAAUAUCGUUAUCGGCGUCCUUACCCCAUCAUGAGGAAAGUGUGUCAGGUGAUCCCGGCAGGGCUGGCAUUCAUCUUGGACAUCAGUCCUGUGGCACACCGUGUGAUUAUGUGCCAUCUUGAAGGUUGUGAGGAGACAGCUGCUUGGUAUCACACCUUCCAGAUACUUUUCUUCCUAGUCAGUGCUUAUUUCUUCUCCUGCCCAGUUCCAGAGAAAUACUUCCCAGGCUCGUGUGAUAUUGUUGGCCAUGCCCACCAAAUUUUCCAUACCUUCUUAGCCAUCUGCACACUCUCACAACUGGAAGCCAUCUUCUUGGAUUACAAGAACAGGCAAGAUAUUUUCCUUAGGCGGCAUGGAUCUUUCUCCAUCAUUCUGUCCUGUGGCUCCUUCUUUGGCCUAGUGGCUUGUAGUGCUGUCACCGCCCACUUCUUGCAGCGCAAGAUCAAGGUGGAGCUGGCCAUAAAGGGAUCCUGAGGGAUUGCCAUGGGGACAGGGUUCAGUUGCAACCUGUUUGAAGUAAGCCAGCAAAAAGGAACUACAUAUAAAUACUGUAUAUAAGUAAAUUAACCAAGGGGCUUGCCUCUAUAAAUUAUAACCAAGGAAUUGAUUGCAGGCUGGAACUAUCUUUUUUCCCUUAAAGCUGCCUUAUGUCCUAAACGUUUUGUUUUACUAAAGUGUACCAAUUGCUGGCCAAAGGGCAUUUUGGACAUCUAACUAAAUAUACUUUUUAGGCAGAUUUUUCUAAUGGUUCUGCUUUAAGUUAUCUACAGAAAUUGGUAUGCAUGUGAAAGAGAAGAGGGGACUGAUGAAUAAUCAGAAGGGGAAUCACUCAUUUACAAAAGCCCAAUUCUUUCUGAGAUUGCUUGGAUUAUACUACUUCAGAAUGGAGGUCUGAGUUCACAUUACUGAAUACCAAAAAGGAGGGUGGAUCCCUGCAUACAGGAAACUAGAAUGUCACGGAGAAGACCAAACUAGAACUCUUCUCUCUGCCAUGCUAUUGCAUGGAUUUUGUUUUUGUACGGGGAGCGUUUAAUAAUUUGAGGUCCCUACCUAUGACUGGGAAUGGUAGAGCAUAGAUACAGGUUUAUGACCUCAGGAGAACUAAUCCACAGUCUCAAGAAUAUGGUGCAGAUUGACAGGACUCAUAAUCCAAUUUGGUCUAGUCCAUUUUAGCUGCAUUUGACCUUGAUAUCACCAAAGUCAGCUAUAUUCAUCCAGCAGGCUUGAGUUUCCUCCUGAGUUGUAUUAAUAUUUUACAUGUCAGGAACAAAUAUUUUACAUGUCAAACAGGAGUACAAACAGGAGUAAUAGCUGGUCUCAAUAAUCUGUUUCCUGCUCUGAUUUAGGUAUUUGUGAAUUCACAACUCUUGUGUGGGGAAGAGUGCUUUAGUUUUCUUCAAGUAAGAUGGACUGUACUAGUACAUCAAAAUUCCAUUUUUCUUCUCUGUGCGUUCCUUUUUGUCUAACCAUUGUCAGCAAAUCCUCCUCCUCAAAAAAGACCACCCCUCCAGGGUUUUGUGUGUGUGUCCUCCAGUCACCAACUAUAUGUUCUCCCUUCCCACCCACCCCCCAUGAUUCCUGAAUCAGCUUGGUGAGUUGGGGAAGGGAAAGUUAGGGAAUGAGGCCAAACACACCUUUUUAUCUUGUCGUAAUCUAUUAGCUCUCAUCAUUUUUCUUCCCUUGUUGAGAUAUUUCAGAUAGUGCAGCACGUUUCCCUCUGCACUUCUUUAAGAAUCUUUGGAAAAGAGGAGAGAAGAACACUUCAACAGAACAGAUAUAAGGAGGAUAGAGGGGGAGGGGUGCUUGGACUUGCAAGCAGUCCAUUUUGUAGAGGUUCAGUUGACCACCCUACAGUGAAAGUUACUACUGUAAAGACUAGUGUUGACCAUAAACUUGCCUCACAUGUUUUCUUUGUUCCUUACCCUCCUAGGUCCUUUCAUCCUCUGACUGAAAAAAAUCAAUAACUGCCAUCCCUUUCUAGGAAAGUAACUUCUUGUAUCUACAAAAGGCUAUUUUUGAGACUUUUUUCUCCCUAUCCUAUUUCUGUAGCCUCCAUUGCACAUUCCCAUCCAAAUCAGUUUUCUGGGUAAUGUGGUACAUUUUUCAGCUCCCCCCCCCCAACUCCCUUUCUUAAUUUUAGGUUUCCUCAAACCACUCUAAAAAAGGCAAGGUGAAUUUUGCCAUCUGAAAACUAAGAUAUGGGAGCUUCUUCCCCACGGUAGCACCAAUCUUUGUUAAUGUGGGUGAAAAGAAGGUACAGUGUUGCAUGGGAGAGUAUGCGCAUAUGUGAGCCACACAGUUUCUGCUAAUUCUGCUAUUUUUCUGCUUGCCUGUUCGUUGACUGGAGCCCAGCAUGGAUUGAGCUCUGGAACCUGUGUGGCUUUUGAGAAUGAGAUACACUGAAUGGAACUGCUUGCACCAUUACCCCCACUCCAAAAUAUAAAGGUCAUAUGCAGACUUUUUCCUAGUCCGUGAAGGAAGGCCAAUUAGGCUGGAUUUACAUAUGCAUCAACAUGAGGUGGUGAAGUCCUGAGGUUACAGACUAUACCACUUUAGACUGCUUUGCUUGUACAUAAUAUUUGAACACACACACACAUUAUCUAGAAUAAUUGUAGCCUAAUCUCUCCCUGCAUUUCUGGUUUAAUAUUUAGAGAGCUUUUUUUAAACAUAGGUGAACAUUAAAAAAAAAAAUUCACAUCUGCAGAGUAAUGAGUACAGUCCAUUCUGCCACCUAAUUCUUCUGCAUAUUUAAAUCUGUCCAUAAGAUAUAUCUUAGUCUGGGAUAAAAUAUUUGGAGUACAGUACAGCUGUGUGACAUCUUUUCAGAUGAAGCAAGGCUAGUAUGACUGACAGGUCUUUGAACUGUCAGUAUAACAGACAUCAUUGAGAAAAGGACCCUCAGUUCCUUCCCAUACCUUUUCCCCGUCUCCAACUUCAAAUAUUUUAGGUACAGCUCCAUUAAAGGUUGGUCUAUUCUGACCUAGCCCCACCUUUUCAAAAACAGUGGCUAAUCAUGUGUUAAAGCAAAGUUCCAGCUUGUUUUAACAAACAGUAGCAUGCAGAAAUUUAGCAGUAGGACUGUUCAUGAAAAUUUAAAAUAGAAAAAAAGCCUUCUCAGGGAUUGCUAGUGAGAUACAGAGCCAUUCUUUUGUUAGAGCAAUUUGAACACAUGGUAGGCUUGACAGCGAAGAAAUAUCACUGUAACCCAGUGGCUCUUUGGCCUAGGCCAGAUGAGGCUGUGUUCAAAGUUCAGUUUCCAUGGGACCAAGCUUCCUUUGUUGCAGAGCUUGGAAAAGUUACUUUUUAAAACUAUAAUUCCCAUCAGCCCCAGCCAGCAUAGCCACUGGAUUGGGCUGAUGGGAGUUGUAGUUCAAAAAAGUAACUUUUCCAAGCUCUGCUUUGUUGGUAGUAAAUGAACAUGAAAUACUGAUUUCUCCCUUGGCUUGAAGGAUAUUUUUAUACAUGUAAAAUCCACUCCUGUACAACACUGUCUGCAAUAGUCAGUGAGGUCUCUCAUUCAAGCUCAGGUCCUUGAGUGUGGCUUCAUUUACUACCUUUGAAGCUGAAGUUUAUGUUAUGUAUAUGACUCAGAAUCGCACAUGCAAAAUCAUAUCCCAAAUUUCCAGUAAAAUGUCAUUUUCAACUGAGAGACUCCACUUUUGGCAUCAUGGUGCCUUCUAGCAUGUCACUGUAUUAUGUGGUAUAAAAUUCAAUAACAACAGUAAAUAACUUUCCCAAGUCACUUCAGAGUCUGAACUGUGCGUAUCUAAGAGCUAUUCUACACAAUAUGCAGAAUAUGGCAGAACUGGGAUAGAAUUCUGGAUGGUACUAAUUUGGAAAUCUGUGUGUGUGUGUGUGUUAUUUUCAAAUACUCUCCAAUGUAAAAAAAAAAAAAACCCUUCCUUUAAGUAAUAAACUAGUACAUUAAAGGAGUGGGAUGUAGCAAACCGUCUUCUCUGAUGUGCUGGUGUACUACAUGUGGUGGUGUUUUUACAGAUGCGAACAUUGAAAACUAUGAUGACCCACCCCACUUGCAGGCUGAAGUGGUAUAGUUCUGUUUACCACUUUAUCCACAAUGUGUAGAUCAUUUUACACAGAUUGGGAUGCCUCUUCAUGAAUUUUGGUGAAAGUGUGUUUGCUUUAUGUAGAUGUAAAGGUAUUUAGUCUAAUGAUUCAAGUACACCUCAGGCUUGUGGUCAUGAAGAGUUGUUACUAUAUAAGAAAGCUCUUCAAUUAUGUGCUAAAGUUGUUUGGAGAACUCUUACCAGCUUGAAGUUAAACGCAGCUAAUUUCAAUUUUAAGCUGCCACAAGGAAUUUAAACUAACCUCCCAUAAAAAGAAACGCAUGAAAUUUAAUGUUGGAUAUCUAUAAAAUAUAAGAGAAUGGAUAUGUUCAUCAUUCUAAACUGAUGGGCUAUAUGAAAAUUCUCAGUGAUUUUAGAUCACCACCUAGUGGUAUAAUAAACCAAGAUUUUCUGAUAGCUUUAAAACCUUGGGUUUUUGGUGUGUUUAACUUGAACUCAGCAGAGUUACUUUUCUUUUUAUUCAGUUAGAGGUUUCUUUAUAAAUAAAAGUGUAAUUUGACCAAAGUUGCUUUUCUGCUAUGAACUAUAAAAUACUAGCCUGUUGCUGUCCAGUUCUUUGUGUCUUCCCAAGUUACAUUCGUAGUUCCUCUAGUAGUCAUUAGUUGAAUGUAUACCUCAUACUUGGUUGCCUAAAACCUGGUAUUAAAAGUGAUGCUCCAGUCACAUUUAAUGUAUUCAAAGGUUUGCAACUGGCAUCAGUGGACCUAGAGCUAAACAUAUCUUCUGAAUAUCAUUUAGUUUGGAAGAGCACUUGAAGACCAGUCUGUUGGUUCUGAAAGCAACUUCAGUGUAAUAGGGUCCUUUGAGAUCCUCUCCAACAACAUCUUCCUCAGAUGCUUCCCAGAAUCCAUUACUGCUAUUUCUGUACAUUUCCAAGGAGGCAGCCAGGACAGAUAUGUUCAUUCAGAAGUUGAUGUGCUUCUACAGAACAAUCAGAAAGACACCAUUAGAUACUCUGUUAGUUUUACGUUACAGAAGUCUAGAUGAUUGACAGCAAUUGAAAUUAUAGGCCUAUUUAUAAUUACAGUUGUUCCCAAAGAAUCAGUGGGUUAGAACCAAACAUUAUCUGCCAUCUUUAGCCUCAUGCCUUAUAUAUGGUUGUUCGUUUCAACCACUUGGAUUUGGUAUUUUGACAGAGUGGGGGCACAGUUAUAUGUAAUUAUUAUUUCCAGUACUUGUUCUUAACAAGAGGAACACAUGCUAGAUGCUUCAGGUGUGCCUUGGGUGCUUAUCCCUAUCAAGUGAUAGUUUUUAUUAUUUUAAUAAAAACAUUAUUAAUAAAAAUGAGUGGGAGAUUUUGUAUUUUCUUUCUUCAAUGAAAGAGAAUGUUGGUUUUGAUAUUACACAAAUGACUGUUCCCUGCCUAUCUCCUGAAGUCUGUAUUACUAAUAACAUUUGAACAUUUGUACUGUAUUAACAAUUGUGUGUAAGGGGAAUCAAAAGUAAAAGUUCUAAGAAAUUUAAAAUAUUUGGUGUAUUAUGUGAAAUCUCUUAAACCAUAGAGUGUAUUGGAAAUACAUCCGUGUGACUUGCAAAGUUGGAAAAUACUCUCAUUAAAGCUUUUA